UUUUACACAAUGGCCCACUGUAGCUCUCUGCCUUUACUCCUGCAAGUCAGAGGAGCCGGCUCCAGCAAGCAGAGAGGCCGCAAGAAAACGGAAGCAGCAGUACCAGCGCGACCACGAAUGGCGUCGAUCUCGAGCUUGGAUUUGGGAAAGAUCGUGCCGACGGCCGGCUACCUCCUCCACCGCUGCGCCGCCGUCCCCAGCGCCCCUGUUCUCCGGGGGAGGAGCGCGAGCGGGCGGUGCGGCCUCGCCGUCUCGGUCUCGUCCUCCAAUGGUGCAGCUGGGCUCUCCCCACUGAGUGACUCGGAGAAGAAAUGCCCUGUGGUGAUGGAGAUCCCACUGGAAGAUAGCUGGAGCCGCUAAUGUGAACGCGUGCUAAUGAUCCUGACAAGGUGCAGGAGCUCAUGGACAGCAUCCGUGUCAUCGGCCUCCAAGUACCUGUGGGCAUCCUUUCCUUUUAACAUUAAUUUUUCCAAAAUUAUUUUCUUUUAGCUCAUAAGAUAAAUUAUGUCAGAACUGGAAUUUUCUUAUGUGGAAUUGAGUACAUAGAAAUAAAGUUGUAGAGUAGCUAAUACAUGGCCGACCACUGCUACUGAAUUUAGUGAUCUCCACACAGUUGUCUGUGGACGUUUGUGCUAUGGUUGAUUGAGAUUCACUUGAUUGAGUAUGCGUGUCAAUAUUCAAGUUGGGUUGUUUA